AUGAGCUCUCAGAAGAGUUUCCAGCAGCUGACGAUGGAGAAGGAGCAGGCCCUGGCUGACCUGAACUCUGUGGAAAGGUUCCUUUCUGAUCUCUUCAGGAGAUACGAGAACCUGAAAGGCGUGCUAGAAGGGUUCAUGAAGAAUGAAGAAGCCUUGAAAAAAUGUGCUCAGGAUUACCUAGCUAGAGUUAAGCAGGAAGAGCAGCAAUACCAGGCCCUGAAGAUUCACGCAGAGGAAAAGCUGGACAGGCAAGAGCUUGUGAAUGUGCACUGCACCUGCUUACUGCUGCAGGUGGAGGCAGACAGUUUGUCUACAGACAACAAAGGUGUACCUUUUACUAUCUGCAUUCUUGCUUGUUGCAGAAGUGCUAUAGCAAGCAGUGCUGUAGACUGUUCCUUCGUGAUAGAUGAAGAACUGGGGUCCAGCAAGCAUGGUGUUAUGAUAAUUGUAAAGACUGACCAGUUGUCCUCAAUAGACAUACGCUGA